AUGGAGAAGGUCUUGAAACGCUAUGGGGUCACCCAUCGGCUUUCGACGGCCUAUCAUCCACAAACAAGUGGGCAGGUGAAAAAUUCGAAUAGGGGGAUUAAGAGGAUCUUGGAGAAAACUGUCGGAAACAGUCGUAUUGAUUGGUCCGAGAAGUUAGAUGACGCUCUGUGGGCUUUCCGUACUGCUUAUAGGACGCCUAUUGGGACCACACCCUUUAGGAUAGUUUAUGGGAAAGCGUGUCAUCUACCGGUGGAGCUAGAGCAUCGUGCAUACUGGGCAUUGAAGGCAGUCAAUCUUGACUUGCCAGCUGCGGGCAAGAACCGGUUUCUUCAACUUCACGAGUUAGAGGAGUUACGCGAUGAGGCGUAUGAGAAGUCGUGGGCAUAUAAAGAGCGUACAAAGGCGUUGCACAACAAACACUUGAAGCAGGUGAAAGAGUUCAAGUGUGGGGAGAAAGUGUUGCUAUACAAUUCCCGGUUGAAGCUGUUCCCGGGAAAGUUGAGAUCGCGUUGGCACGGACCGUUUGUGGUAAAACAGGUGUUCCCGUACGGAACGAUAGAGGUUGAGAAUGAAGACGGUCAAAGGUUCAAGGUCAAUGGGCAUCGAUUGAAGCAUUUUGUCGAGGGACCGACAGAGGAUCGAGAGGAGGAGGUGAUCGACCUCCCGGGUUUGAGCACGUGA